AUGGCGCCGUUGCCAGGCGGAACCGCCUGCCAGGGGCUUCGGGACAGCGUCUGCGUGCUGGCUCUUGAUGCCAGCGGAGGCCCCGGAACGGCCACUGACGCGGACAGCCGCUGCGUGUUUUGCAGCGGGGAAAGAUUCGAGAAGCUGACUAGGGUCCGCGGCGGCAGUCUGGUGACGAAUUACCUCCGUCGUCUUCGCUCCCCCGAGCGCAAGGAAGCGCUUGCGGCGGUGGAAGUGCACGCUGGCGCCAGCACGCGUCGAGACUACGAGAUGCGCCUGGCUCGACGACAGCGUCGGCGCGACCCAAAUCGUCCGAAGCGCAAAGCUCGAGGAAGCUAUAUCAAGAAGAGGAGGAGCGUCAAAGAGGCGUGGGGCAUUCCGGGCGCAGCCAUGGCCACCGGCGAGAGGAGUAGCGAGACCAAAAACAAGAAGACAGAGCGACCGAACACGUCAGCCCAUCACACAAGGUCGAAGCGGGUCAAGGAAAGGACCGAGGGCAAGACUACGCAGACAGAGAAGCAGAUUUGA